GGCGGGGCCCGCGGCAGGGGCCGGGCCUCUCUGGGAUCUCGUGGUGGGGCGGGGUGGGGCCAGUGGCCCCGCGCGGCUCGGUGCGCUGGGGCCCUGGAGCGCCGGGGUUUAUAGCGCGCCCGCUGAGGAGGCGGCUGUAGCGGAGAGGCGUGCGGGAUCGGGAUGUCGGGGCUGCCCACGGACCGGGAGCAGAGAGCACAGGAGCCGCAGCAAGCUGGCUUCGUGCUGGGGCUGGACGUGGGCAGUUCUGUGAUCCGCUGCCACGUCUAUGACCGUGCGGCGCGGGUCUGCGGCUCCAGCGCGCAGAAGGUAGAAAGUCUGUAUCCUCAAAUUGGCUGGGUAGAAAUUGAUCCUGAUGUUCUUUGGAUUCAAUUUGUUACCGUAAUAAAAGAAGCAGUCAAAGCUGCAGGAAUACAGAUGAGUCAAAUUGUUGGUCUUGGCAUUUCAACACAGAGAGCAACUUUUAUUACGUGGAACAAGAAAACUGGAAAUCAUUUUCACAACUUUAUAAGUUGGCAAGACUUAAGAGCUGUUGAACUUGUAAAAUCUUGGAAUAAUUCUCUUAUAAUGAAGCUAUUUCACAGUUCUUGCCGAGUGCUUCACUUUUUCACUAGAAGUAAACGACUGUUUUCAGCCAGUUUGUUCACUUUCACAAGCCAGCAGACUUCUUUGAGAUUGGUCUGGAUUUUACAGAACUUGAUUGAGGUGCGAAAGGCAGUUGAGGAAGAAAAUUGCUGCUUUGGAACUGUUGAUACCUGGCUGUUAUAUAAGCUCACAAAAGGUUCUGUAUAUGCCACAGAUUUUUCAAAUGCUAGUACAACUGGACUUUUUGACCCAUAUAAGAUGUGUUGGAGUGGGAUGAUUACCUCUCUAAUUUCGAUACCACUUUCUCUCCUACCUCCUGUGAGGGAUACAAGCCACAAUUUUGGAUCAGUGGAUGAAGAGAUAUUUGGUGUGCCUAUACCAAUAGUUGCCUUGUUUGCUUUGCAAGGCUUUUAUCCAUUAAUUGGGUGGAAGAUUGGGCAAGAAGUGGUAUGCUUAGCUGAAAGCAAUGCAGGAGACACUGGUACUGCCAUAAAGUGGGCUCAACAGUUAGACCUUUUCACAGAUGCUGCUGAGACUGAAAAAAUGGCCAAAAGUUUGGAGGAUUCUGAAGGAGUUUGUUUUGUUCCAUCUUUUAGUGGAUUACAGGGUCCGUUAAAUGACCCCUGGGCAUGUGCCUCCUUCAUGGGUUUGAAGCCUUCCACGAGUAAAUACCAUCUCGUACGAGCAAUAUUGGAGUCAAUAGCUUUCAGAAACAAACAGUUAUAUGAGAUGAUGCAGAAGGAGAUUCAUAUUCCUGUAACAAAAAUCCGGGCAGAUGGAGGAGUUUCAGACCUGUUUUAUGAGAAUAUAGACAGACCUGCUGACGUUGACAUGUCGUGCCUAGGGGCAGCUUCUCUAGCUGGCCUUGCUGUUGGGUUUUGGACUGACAAGGAGGAACUAAAGAAACUGAGACAAAGUGAAGUGGUUUUCAAGCCACAGAAGAAAUGCCAAGAAUAUGAAAAGAGUAUGGAAGACUGGGCCAAAGCAGUGAAACGCUCCAUGAAUUGGUAUAACAAGACAUAGCACUAAAUGAAAUGACCAAAGCCAUGGAUGGCUGCUUUAUGUGAUGUGCAGAUGAGAUGAAGCUCAGGGAUAACCAAUAUGACAAUGACUGAGAGGAGAAAAUUUUAAAUAAGUUUCAUAACUUAAGAGAAGAAGCAUUACUUUUAAAAAAACAAAACAAAAAACUCUUAUUUUUUCCCCUAAAUCGUGGUAGGGCAGCAAUACCUCAAAACUUUAUGUCUUCUAUUUUGUAGCAAAUUCCAAAGGACAGUAGUCAUUUCCAACCAUAUUUUGACAGUUAUGGGUCCGCUUCCUUUUUAUACUGGGUCAGUGGUACAUAGGAACAUAAUUAUUUACCAUGCAAGCUAAUAGUUCUGGGUCAAGCACCAUGCACGUAUUGUUCCAAAAUUAUGUGAAACGUAUUUCUUUAAUUCUUUAAAAUUAAGUGAGCUAUUUGAAGUACUUAUAGCUAAAAAGAAAGAAUAAGAAAAUGUGGAAUUUCGAAACAUUAAUAUUUUAUGUUUAAAGCCAUAAUUUUCUAAUAUAUCCAAAUAUGAGCUUAAUAUGUUCCUCUCAGAUAAGCUUAUGAGUUAGUUAAUGCUUUCCUUUACUGGUCUUAAAGACACUGCCUUAAUUUUUCCUUGUUUAACCAAAAUCUGAGCAUUCUUUCUAUGUUGAAAUCAUUGAAAAACUAAUUUUAGUUAAUGAACUAAAAAGAAUAUUGAUUUUUAAGAAACAGAAAAAUACUACUUAUUUUCUUUCUUAACAUUUAUUUCAAAAACUUCUGGCUGAAGUAUAACAUGCUGGUAGGUAAGGUAAAUCUUGCCUUUCUCUUGUUCUUUAUCUUCCUUCAUAGUUUAGAUGCUUGUAUAAAUAAUGUAUUUCAUUUUUAUUAAGUGCCUGAUUGACAGAACUUAAUUUGAAGAAAGUGCCCUAAUUUAUUGACCACUUAAGAAUUGCCUUUAUUGGGAUUUUUUUUUUUGUUCCUGCAUCUCUUUGAUGUUUGCUCAGUCUACUCAUCUCUCUGAGUAUGUGCGGUAGAUAGCUGAGAGAGAGGAGGAAAGUGUGUCUAUGCUCGGGAUUACCCUUCAGUCACUCAGCCAGAGACCCACAGGGAGCAGCAAGGACAGUCUCACAUUCUCAGACUUUCCUACAAGAAACAAGAGGAGUAAGUUGUGAGUAGUGUCAAGCUGGAUAUCGAAUUGUCCUAAAGCAGUUGACCCUACCUUCCAACAUGUUUUCGCUUUAUUUACCCCUCCUACAUUUGCGGUAGGUUCCCUUUGGAUCUGCAGCAAUAAUGACUAUUUCUCUCUUGGUCAGGAUUUAUCAGAUAAAAUCCUUUUAUUACAAAACUAGGUAUUCUAGUUACAUAACAAUGUAACUAAAGGAGAAACUUACAGAGAAUUUUGUUUUUGCUGUCAUAUGUGUCCAUUUUGGAGACAGAUAUGAUAGAACUAGAAGUUAAAUUGCAUUUCUGCAAGUUCCAUUUAAAUGAACUUCAAGUAUCUUAAUUAUUCAAUUUUCUGAUCAAGGCAUUGUAGCAAAUAUAUAGUAUCAUUAAAUCUAUUAAUUAAGAUUUGGAAAUAUUUUUGUUAUUAAUAAAUAGAGGUGUUUUAUUUACUGUAAAAAGCCAAGCCUCAUUACGUAGAUAAAUCUUUUUAUUCUUUCCCCUGUUUGCAUCCUUUCUAUAAAGCUUAGUCACCAAUUAAAGUCUUCCUGUCAGAAUCA